GGUCGACGCGCCAACUGAUCGCCUGGUCCAGCGCUGGCAGUAGCAGUGCCCGUACGGCCACCAGACAGCCUGCGUCGCCGCCAUCACUACGCUUUCCCUGCCAUCGCCCGUCGCACUGUGAUAGCACCGGCUCCGCUGCGCAUCAGCACCCCCUGAGUGCGGUCGCGCAUCAGCAUCACCGACCAGACACCGCCCAGUGCAACACCACGUCGAGCAGCGCAGCGCACAGUCACCCGCCGCCAUGACCGCUGCAAUGCAUAGCAGCACGACGCGGUCCGGGGUCCAAAGACCUCUAACCCACCCACCGUAGCAGCACGGCGAUGGCUGAGGUACCGGCUGCGAGCCUCGGCCCACUUCAACCUUGACCCCACCAUCAUUGAUAGCUCGACUUGAUCUCGCCCGACUAGCCUCCAGACUUACCAUCACAGCACCCGGCAUUGACACAAGUCCACGAUGGCAGCAACGAACAACCCCCUCGAGGGCCACACCGCCGACCAGCCUCCCGUCUCUACCCAGACAUACACCAUCGCCGGCAUCCGCACCACCGUCCAUGGCCUCACCGAGCUCCCGCCCGCCACCUCCACCGUCGCCUGCCUCUGGCUCCUCCACCCGCGCCUGCAGACUGCCAAAACCAUGGCUCCCAUCGCCACGGCCAUACUCUCCGCCUGGAACGCACGCAUCCACGCCGGACGCGCCGGCAAGAGCCCCACCGGCCUCAUCGCCGUGUCCUUCGACCAGCGCAACCACGGCACCAGGCUCAUCGACCCGCUGCACAACGAGGCCUGGCGGCAGGGCAACCCGCGCCACGCUCAGGACAUGUUCGGCUGCAUCCACGGCACCGCGGCCGACACCUCCCAGAUCAUGGACCACCUUGCCUCGUACAUCUUCACGUCCCCGUCCUCCCCGCAGAUCACCCAGCACUUCGUCCUCGGCAUCUCCCUCGGCGGUCACGCCGCCUGGCACUGCGUCCUCGCCGAGCCCCGCAUCACCGCCGCCGUCGUCGGCAUCGGCUGCCCCGACUACACGCGCCUCAUGGUCGACCGCGCACGCCUGUCCAAGCUCGACUCGUACACCGCGAGCACACCCCCGGGCGCCGCCUUCCUGGGCAGCCCAGACUUCCCACGUGCACUCCAAGACGCCGUCGCGCAGUACGACCCGGCGGGGCUCCUGCUGCCGGGGCACUUCAAUCCCGCCGGCGCGGACCCCGACGUCGGCAAGCCCGCGACGGACAGGAUGAAGGUGCUGCUGCGGGAGCGGCUGCAGGGGAAACGUAUACUCAACCUCAGCGGGAAGAUUGACAAACUGGUGCCGUAUGCAGCGGGCGAGGCGUUUCUAGGCGCGUUCAAGCGCGCGCUGGAGGAGGAGCCGGGGCUGGAUAUCGGGUUCGAGGAUGUGCUGUUUGAGGGCGUUGGACAUGCGUUUCCCGCGGCUAUGGUGGAGAAGUCGGCGGAGUGGAUAUGCGGGCUGCUAGAGAAUGGACAGGGGCAGGUGAGUAGCAAGAUGUGAGCAGGUGCUGUGUGGAGUGGAAUAGUCACUGACGAGGCGGGUCCUUGCCAAUUGAGAAACACGUCACCAUGUCCCCCGCCAAUUCUGUCAUGACAUUUGGCCGUCAAAGUAUGCAACGAACCCCCGCCACUUCCCCUUCUCAUUGCGCCAUCCAAAACCAAGACCCAGAAUAGUGG